CGCGUGUAUGUAUCGACGUUUCAGGUUAUGUUCUUCAGUGUUACGGCAUUCAGUUGACAAUAGUUUUUUUUAGAUAUAACAAUUGGUUUUAAUAUAGUUGUGCAUUACCUCUGGUUUUAACAAUGUCUUCGUGGAAAAAAGCAGCAAAAGCUACUCAAAAAACUCAUCGCGAGAGGCAUCAACCCGAGAGUCGCCAACACCUGGGCAUUUUGGAAAAAAAGAAAGAUUAUAUUCUCAGAGCCAGAAAUUAUCAACAUAAACAACAGACUCUGAAAGUUUUGCAUAAACGUGCACUAAAUAAAAAUCCAGAUGAAUUCUAUUACCAUAUGAUUAAUUCUAAAAUUCAUGGUGGAAUCCACAUAGAAAACAAAAAACUUCAAAAUUAUACACCGGAACAGAUACAUUUAAUGCAAACUCAAGAUAUUAGAUAUGUUGCCCAUAAAAGGAACAUAGAAGCAAAGAAAAUAGAUAAGUUACAAAGUCAAUUACACAUGAUAGAUGCUGCAAAUGAAACCAAGAACAAACAUACAUUUUUUGUCGAUAAUUCAAAGGAAGUGAAAAACUUUGACCUCGUUAAAAAGCUAGAUACACAUCCCGCAUUACUUUCCCGGCGUACAAACAGACCAAAAUUAAGUAAAUUAAAGGACAUGAAACUACCAGAAUUAGAUAAGUACAGCUUGCAAAGAAUUGAAUCCAUUAAAUUCAAAGCUUAUAAAGAAUUACAAAAGAGGGUAGAUAGAGAGAGGAAAUUGAUGGUUGUACAACAAAAAUUUGAAAUACAAAGAGCAUUAAAAGAUAAAAGAAGUACAAAGCCAAAAUUGAUAAGUAAAGAGACAAAGGAUGCUGCUCCUGUUUAUAAAUGGGAAUAUGAAAGAAAACGAUAA